UUAAAAAUCUAAUGCAGCACAAGGGUUAAAGACUAUGUUGAGAUGGAGGAUGCUAAGUGUUGUGCAAAAUAUGACUGCAAGCACCAGUUUAAGUUGCAAUGAUUCAUUAAUAUAUAUAUAUAUAUAUAUAUAUAUAUAUAUACAUAUACAUCAUCUCUAGUGCCUUUGACUACUAAAAAAAGAAAUGAUUUAAAAGUAAUUAAAAUGUAAUAGCAAUUUGGUAUAGCAAUUAUGUUUUUUGAUCAGUAAUUAGAGUAGUAUUGAUGCUUUUGUGGUUGUUGAUUCAUAAAAGAGCACGUCUUGGCAUUUAUUAAGAACUGGUUUAUAUGGAAUGCCGUGAUGAUGUAUUUUAAUGGGAUUAUUUAAAGGAUUUCCUGCUUUAAAAUCCAGCUAGGACCAUUCAAAACACUGAAUGAGCUAAAUCAUGCAUUUGGUGAACAUCUGGACCAGGCUAACGUGAGUGUCAUCUCCCAUGCCCUGAAUUACUAGACUAUUGCAUGGUUUUAAAACAUCCCAGUCAUCCUGUUGAACCAGUUCUCGUGUAAUCUUCCCACUGGUUCGUCGCCCUACCCUAUAUAUAAUAGUAAAAGCUAGACACUUGCUGGAGUUCAAUCCUAAUUCAAUUCGCUCAGUCGAUGUAUUAUAUGGAUCAUUUUUAGAGUGGAGACGUGAACCGGGAUUAAAGAAGACUGACACUUUUACAAACUGCAAACAACAUGCCUGUCGACACAUUAUCAAUCAGGAAUCGUUCUGCCAUUGGCCGCUUUCCAGCCGGUACUCUUCCACCGGAGGAUCCAGAGAAGAUGAAGAAGGCAGAGACGAAGUGGUCAUGCUGCACAUGGUUGCGCCAGAGCUGCCUCCGCUGCUGCUGCCGCAAAACAGCAGGCGUUGACGUCACAGAUAGACCUACAGAAACCACCGAGAUGCCAGAGACAGGUUCCGUACUGGAAGUGCGUUCAAUAGACCUUCUCAAAUCCAACAAAGAACCGAACCGACUUGAGCAUCACACAGAUCGCUACCGCAGCCAAAACCUCAUUAUCCGCAGAGGCCAGACCUUUCAGAUGCUGAUCGAGCUCUCAAGACCUUUCAACUCGAAGACAGAUAAACUUCACUUAGAUUUCAAACUAGGUAAUCUCCCAGAUGUGUCCAAAGGCACACAUGUGAUUGUUCCUUUGGUGGAGGAGCUCCAGGAUAACUGCUGGGAGGCCAAGAUAGUUGAACAGAAAGACAAAAGAAUCAAACUGCAUGUCAACUCCCUGCCAACUGCUGCUAUUGGCAAAUACAGGCUCGGCGUUGCGACACGUUCCCCAACGGGCGAGGCCAUGUCUCCGUACAGUCCUGACAAUGACAUCUACAUGCUGUUCAACCCCUGGUGUGAAGGCGACUCUGUGUACAUGGAUAAUGAGGAAGAGAGGAAAGAGUAUGUUUUAAAUGACAUGGGAAUAAUCUAUUACGGAACUGACAACCAGAUCGGAGACAGGCCGUGGAAUUUUGGCCAGUUUGAUAAAGGCAUCCUUCCAUCGUGUCUGUAUUUGCUGGAGCGCAGUGGUACCCCAGCAUCAGGAUGGGGAGAUCCUGUCAAUGUGGUCAGGCUUUUGUCUGCAAUGAUUAACUCUCCUGAUGACAACGGUGUGUUGAUAGGCAACUGGUCAGGUACGUACGAUGAUGGCAUGGCCCCCACGUUCUGGAGCGGCAGCAGUGACAUCCUGAGACAGUUCUACGAGAACGGAGGAACGCCGGUCAAAUACGGACAGUGCUGGGUCUUCUCUGGGGUCACCACCUCAGUGAUGAGGUGUUUAGGGAUUCCCACCCGGAGCGUUACCAACUUCGAGUCUGCUCACGACACAGAUGUUUCUUUGACGACAGAUGUGUAUUUAGAUGAGAAUUAUGAGCCGAUUGAGGAACUUAAUCGAGAUUCUGUCUGGAACUUCCAUGUGUGGAAUGACUGCUGGAUGGCCCGUCCGGAUCUACCCGAGGGUUUGGGGGGUUGGCAGGCAGUAGAUGCCACACCUCAGGAGACCAGUCAGGGCGUUUAUCGCUGUGGUCCCGCUUCUGUCGCAGCUGUCCGGAAUGGACAAGUUUACCUCAAGCAUGACACGCCAUUUGUAUUUGCAGAGGUGAACAGUGAUAAAGUCUACUGGCAGCGGACUGCGGAUGGCACCUUCACUCCCGUCCAUAUUAAGAAGAAAUCAGUCGGUCACUUCAUCAGCACUAAAGCAGUUGGCUCUGAUGAACGAGAGGACAUCACGCACCUCUACAAAUACCCGGAAGAUUCAGAGCAAGAACGCAUUGCUGUGGAAACAGCCUGUCAGUACGGCUCUAAAUCAGCGAUGUACGAGGUCUCCAGUGCGGAUGACGUCACCGUUCAGGUCACCAUCGAUGGAGAAGAGCCUCAGCUCGGUGCAGACGCCAAUCUGGUCGUCACGGUGAAGAACACGAGUGCAGAACAGCGCAGUUUCAACCUCCACAGCCAGGUGGCUGUUAUCUACUACACCGGGGUGUACAAAUCUACAGUGAAGAAAGACGAGAUACCCAUCGAACUCCAAGCCAACGAAGUUGAGACGGUGGAGUGGUGUCUGCCAUAUGAUCACUAUAAAGACCAGCUGGCGGACCAGGCCAUGCUGAUGCUCACGCUCACUGGACGGGUCACACAGACCAAACAGGUUCUGGCGACCCAGUUUCGCUUCAGACUGCGCACACCAGACAUAGUCAUCAAACCUGAUGGAGAUGCGGCAGUAGUUGGGAAAGAGUUGAAGGCUACAAUCAUUUUCCAGAACCCACUUAAGCGCCCACUGAAGAACGUGAAGUUUCGCAUUGAAGGACUGGGACUGCAGAGUGUCAGGGAGGUUUCCUACGGAGACAUAAAGAGUUUGGCCACGGUGACACUGACUGAGAAGUUCAUUCCCUCUGAGGCCGGGCCACAGAAACUUCUAGCUUCACUCGACUGCCGUCAACUUCCUCCAGUGCAUGGAGUCGCCAACAUCGAAGUCAAAGCAGUGUGAGGGACUUCAGCGGCUCUGAAUCUCAUUUGGAAGAUCUCCAUCCGGGACAAUCUUUUCCAGCCAUGUCUGAAGACUUGCCUCUCUCUAGAAAAUGCAUUUUUGCUCCAAUGUCUCAAGGCAUUACAUUAUACUUGAAAGAAAACAGCUGCAUUUUUAACAGUUUAGUUCUAUAACCACUGGCUUACUUUAACAAUUGAGAAUAUAAUGUAUUUGAAAAUAGAAAGAAAAUAAUAUAUUAAUAAAUAUAUAACAUGUUAUUACUACACAUCACAGCACCCUAAAUAAAAUGGGUGUUGGAUAUCAAUGAUGACAUCAAAGAAUCCUUGUACUUGAUUCAAUGAAUCGAUUCACUAAAAACAUUAAUUGUUUUGUUCAGUGACUUGUUUUGUUUACAUUAUUCCACCAGUAGGUGGCAGCUAGUGUCUUGUGUGUGUGAGAGAGUCAUAUCUUUCAUUCACAAUAUUUGUUCAAACACUCUUUUCCAUACAACAACAAAUCAUACUUCUGAGAUCCUCCAAAAACGCAAAACAUACCAAAAAAGUACUCGUGACUCAUGUGUUACAGUAUAUUAGUUUUCAGACAUGAGAAUAGACCAAUACUAUAGGUUUCUUUUUUUUAAUUCAGGUUGUUAUUCCUAUUUAUUCCUGUUUAGUGAUUUUUAUAAAUUUGUACUCUGUGAUCUCUGUGAAUUUGUCUUUUUUAAAGGUGCAAGUUUUACACAUUAGGAAAUAAAUUGUGAUUGUGAAGAGUCA